AUGACCGGACCUAUUCUCGCCAAAGAUCUCUCCCACCACCUCUCGGAAGAAGCAAAAUCUAGACAAGCUUCAACCCUCAAACUCGCCUUUAAACACUUUAGCGACCCCCGUAUCGUCUCUCUAGGCGGUGGUCUCCCCCUACCUGACCUUUUCCCCUUCAACUCUCUUAAAGUUGAAACCCUUAACCCCCCCUUUUCCCGUGGCAUUGAUGUCUUCCCAGAAUCAUCAGACGAAGCCCUCGAAGUGGUUGUCGCAAAGUCACGCGCUCAAAUUGAACACGACCACGAUAUCCCCCUCGAAACCGCUCUCCAGUAUGGCUCCUCUGCCGGUAACACUCAAAUUGUUGAAUUUUUACGCGAACACACUCGUAUCAUUCACUCCCCCAAGUACCAGGAUUGGGACAUUGUCAUGUCGGUAGGAAACACCCAGGCUUGGGAUUCAACCCUUCGUACUUUUACCACCCGUGGCGAUGUCAUUUUUGCUGAACAGUUUACCUUCUCUUCUGCCGCUGAAACUGUCCAUGCUAACGGUGUCAAAAUCUUCCCCGUCCCAACUGAUCUUGAGGGUAUCGAUGCAGAGGCUUUUGCUGAAAUUCUUGCCAACUGGGAGGGCCCCAUCCCUAAACUGUUAUACACCAUUCCUACUGGUCAAAACCCCACUGGUGGUACCAUGCCUGCCGAACGCCGCAAAAAGGUUUAUGACCUUGCUUGCAAGUACGAUUUCAUUAUUGUCGAAGACGAGCCCUACUACUUUUUGCAAAUGCACGAGUAUAAAUUUGGCGCUACUGCCGCUGAUCUCCCCCCCGUUCCAUCUCAUGAUGAAUUUUUGAAGAGCUUGGUUCCUUCAUACCUUUCCCUCGACACUGAGGGCCGUGUUCUCCGUCUUGAUUCCUUCUCCAAGGUCCUUGCCCCAGGCUCCCGUCUUGGUUGGAUUGUGGGCCAGGAGCGUCUAAUUGAACGCUUUUUGCGUCAACAUGAAGUUACAAUUCAAGUUGCAUCUGGUUUCUCUCAAGCUAUUCUCAACGGUAUGCUUCACCGCUGGGGACAAGAAGGUUACCUUGACUGGCUCAUUCAACUCCGUCGUAACUAUACUCUCAAGCGUAACGUUGCUCUUGAUGCUGUCAAAAAGUACGUUCCAAGCGAAGUUGCUGAUUGGAUUGCCCCCUCAGCUGGUAUGUUCUUUUGGAUUCAGCUUGAUGCUUCCAAGCAUCCUGAUUAUGAAAAGCUUGGCCGUGAUCCUGCUGCUGUUGAAAUGCAAAUUUACGAACGUGGAAUUGAAGAUGGCGUUUUGAUGAUUCCAGGACACUGGUUUGUCAUUGAGGAUGAACGUGCUGCUAAACCACCUUCCAGAGAAGGUAGACAGUUUAUGUACUUCCGUGGCACUUUUGCUUCGGUUAAGCCUGAGGCUCUUGAUAAGGGUCUUAACAUUUUCGGUGACCUUAUUAAAAAGGAGUACCAGCUUUAG